CAUUCAAUGGAUUAGGAACCAGACUAAAGUAAUAGACAUAAUCAAAGCAAUUAAAUCAAUGAAAUGGAGAUGGGCUGGCCACCUUGCAAGAUCACAUGAUAAUAGGUGGACCAAACGCAUCACAGAAUGGAGACCAUGGCUAGGAUCACGAAAUCGGGGUAGACAAAAAUUGAGAUGGAGUGAUGAGCUCACAAAAUUCAUUGGUAUAAAUUGGAUUGCGUGCAGCACAAGACAAGCACCUUUGGCACCAACUUGAGGAGGCCUUCGCCCUGCAGUGGGCUGAACACGAUGAUGAUGAUGAUGGCUAAAACAUGGCUAAAACAAAAGCAAGAACGCCCGCUUGUGGUGAAUGACGAAUAAUUUUUUUUCACUGGACGGAGCUGACGACUUUCCACAAGUCUCUGUUUACCAUGGCAACACUUGAAUGUGUGACUAAUAAAGAACUGUGUUUCAUUUGAAAUGUUAGUGAUCUUCUUCAGAUAAUUUUAAAGAUUGAUGACGAACCAUCAAUGUCUAGGUUAUCGUCCCGUAAUGAGGAUACUUGGACACAACUUCAAGAAAGAUUGCGAAAGAGACGGGAGAUAAAGGAGACACCUCACGGAGGUGGGUUAGAUCAUGGAUUAUCAACAAACAGACACAGGUCUGUUCCCCCAAAUCCACUACCAAGACUUGCCAGCCCUUCUCAAUCAGAGAGUCUCACAUCCCCAGAGCUCAGGGGAAGACACUACUCUAAGGUUCCACCAGUUCAAAGUCUUCCAACUCACAGACCCCAAUCAGAUGAUACACUCAGUUUAAAAAGUCACAACUCAGACACAUCUCCAGAGCCACCCCUUGCCCCUCAGGAUCAUAGAGCUCCUCCUCCCUACAUCUCAAAUGGAACAUCCCACUCUGCACCAGAACCAGCAUACAGAGAGGUGCCAGCCUGGGACCAGUACACUGGCAGGCGGGCGGGGACAGAGAGAAGAGAAGUGAGGGAUGGUGGAAGACGGAAAGGGAAGAAGAAGUAUUAUGUGAGGCAAGGAAUGAGAGGAUUUGAGGAUGAGGCAGAGGAUCUUAUCUAUGCAAAUCAGUUGGAGAUGGUGGAGGAAAGAAGAAGAGACAGGUAUCCAGAUCAUGGGAGUAGGGAUGAAGGACCAACGCUGGUAGAAUAUGAUGAUAUUCUAGGACCAAUAGAACUACCAAGGGUAGACACUCAGAGACGGGAAUCCAGUGCUGUUAUUCGGAUGCAGGACGAACUAUUUGCGCAAACAUUCCUUGAGUAUUUCCUGACUAGUUGCUUACAAGAUGACAUGGUCUUAGAAGUUGCUGUGGAUGUCAUGGCUAGUGUCAGGGAUGAAAGGGAUCUUGAGCGGCAGUUAUCUUGGCCUGUUCUUGACAUAGGAAGAGAGAUUUUAGAUGAGAUUAUCCAUGAGAAUCUCAGAGAUAUAGCCUUCAUUGAACUCAGGACAUCCAUCAAGGGAUUCUGGAACAUGGUCUUAGAGACACCCUCCCUGUACAAACCUAUUGCUAGAGAUCUCCUUCGUGAGUUGAUUGAUGAAGAAGUAUCAUCCAUCGUACCAGAAGCAAUCUCAGAACUUGUCACUGAAUACUUUGUCCAGAAAGAUGUCGUAGUGGACUUCAAUUUCAUCUGUGAUGAGGUCAUCGUAGGACUUUUGCCUGAUAUAAUUCUUGAGGCUGUGUAUGAUGAGAGCAUUGUGUCACUAGUAGAAGGAAUCAUCCAAGAUGAGAUAGUCUCCCUCGCCAGCAGUUUUGUGGAGGAUUCCUUUGCAACCGGGAGGCCUAAAAUUCCUAUCAGCCCAGAGCAGAGACUACAGGAUCAGAAUGAGAUCAAAGCUUUGGCUGACACCUUCUUGCUUGAUGUGGCCAUCUUUGAGAAUAUUUUGACAUCUCAUCUUCUCCCUAACCAACAAGUAUGGAGCAAUGAAGAGUAUUUAGAUCUCUACUUGGAUUCUCUUCUAUUGGAUCAAGUACUUGGUCAGGAGUUGGAUGUCGUAAAGAGAAGAGACUAUACAGAAUAUUGUUUACCACUUAAGAGAUACCAUGAAAAGAUCACAACAAAUGUUGCAAUAGAUGUCAUCUUGGAAGAACUGACUGGACACCUUGAUGAGGACAUGGCUGAAAUGGAUGAAUAUGAAGUAGGGAUGGAUAGAACGUUGAAACUUGAUCUCCUCUGAAUCAUGCUAAUAUAUUAAUAUAGCCUAUUUAGAUGUGAAGUUUAGUGUUCUUAUAUAAGAUACUUCAUGAUAUGGAAGAGGUUCAUCGUGAAGGAUUGAGUAGAAGAAAUAACCAGUUGACUCACGAUGUAUCAAACGUAGA